GUUCCAAACCUGAAAAAUGCAGCUUUUGUUGCUUCUCAGUUUUCUGGUUUUCUACAGCACCCAAGUCUGGGCAAGAGAGAGACACUACUAUAUUGGGAUUGUUGAAACAGCUUGGAAUUAUGCUCCCAUCAGUGACGAGAAGAAACCUAAUUUCCAAGACUUAGAACCUGAAUCCCAAGCCUAUCUUCAAAGAGGGCCAGACAGAAUAGGAAGCACAUAUAAGAAAGCUGUAUACGUUCAGUACACUGACAACCUCUUUACAAGGACAAUUGAAAAACCAUCCUGGUUGGGGUAUGUGGGCCCUAUUAUACGAGCAGAGACUGAAGACAAAGUUAUCGUGCAUGUAAAAAACUUUGCUUCCAGAGCAUACACGUUCCAUACACAUGGGGUAACCUACUAUAAGGACCAUGAAGGUGCCCUCUACCCUGAUAACACCACAGGCCUGCUCAUGGAUGAUGACAAAAUACAGCCAGGAGGGCAAUACACAUAUGAAUUAUCUGUCCAUGAAAGCCACAGUCCUGGUUUUGAGGAUAGUAACUGUGUGUCCAGGAUUUACCACUCACAUAUCGACGCCCCAAAAGACAUCGCUUCUGGACUCAUUGGCCCUUUGAUCAUUUGUAAAAAAGAUACAUUGGAUAAUGAGAAGGAAAAGAAUAUUGAUAAAGACUUUGUUGCUAUGUUUUCUGUGGUGGAUGAAAACAUGAGUUGGUAUUUAGAGGAGAACAUUAAGACCUACUGCUCGGGAGAAGUUGCAAAAGAUGACGAAGACUUCCAAGAGAGCAAUCGGAUGUAUUCUAUAAAUGGAUAUGUCUUUGGAAGCCUCCCAGGUUUCACCAUGUGUGCAGAAGACAAGGUGAAGUGGUACCUUUUUGGUAUGGGUAAUGAAAUUGAUGUACAUGCUGCUUAUUUCCAUGGGCAAGUAUUGACUAAUCAGAAUCAUCGAGUGGAUACCAUAAAUUUAUUCCCUGCCACACUGGUUGAUGCCUUAAUGGUGGCAAAGAACCCUGGAGAAUGGCUGCUUAGCUGUCAGAAUUUCAACCAUAUGAAAGCUGGUUUGAAGGCCUAUUUCCAGGUGCAAGAUUGCAAAAAACCUUCCAUUAAUAAUGUUGAUGGACAAAAUAUUAGGCAUUACUACAUUGCAGCUGAGGAAAUCAUCUGGAAUUAUGCCCCUUCUGGUGUAGACUUAGAUGCACCUGGAAGCUCCUCAGAGGUAUUUUUCAAACAAGGAGCUGAUAGAAUUGGAGGAACUUAUAAAAAGCUGGUUUUCCGUGAGUACAGAGAUGAUACCUUCUCCAACCGAAAAGAAAGACUCCCUGAAGAGGAACAUCUGGGCAUCCUAGGUCCAGUCAUUAAGACAGAAGUUGGAGAUACCAUCAAAGUUACUUUCUUUAACAAGAGUCCCUUUCCUCUCAGCAUUCAAGCAACUGGUGUGAGAUUCAACAAGACUAAUGAAGGAUCCCAUUACAAUUCAUUCUUUGGAGGAAUUCCUUCUACUCCUUCUCCUUCCUCACAUGUGGCACCUCAGACAAAAUUUACCUAUGAAUGGACUAUCCCAGAUGAAGUGGGGCCCACAUACAAGGAUCCCAACUGUUUAACCAAGAUGUACUACUCUGGUGUAAAUCCCAUUAAAGACAUGUUUACUGGGCUUAUUGGUCCUCUCAUCAUAUGUAGGAAAGGAAGUUUGAACUCUAAUGGCACACAGAUAGGAGUAGACAAGGAGUUCUAUUUGUUCCCCACAGUAUUCGAUGAGAAUGAAAGCUUGUACUUGGAUGAAAAUAUCAAAAUGUUUACAAAAGAACCUGACCAGGUGAAUAAAGAAGAUGCUGAUUUUCAAGAAUCCAAUAAGAUGCAUUCUAUCAAUGGAUUCAUGUACUGGAAUCAGCCUGGACUUGAUAUGUGUCUAGGAGAUGAUGUUUCUUGGCAUUUAUUCAGUGCUGGAAAUGAGGCUGAUAUACAUGGAAUAUACUUCACAGGAAACACAAUCCUCUCUGACGGGGAACGGAAGGACACAGCCAACCUUUUCCCUCAGACAUCUCUUACGGUCCUUAUGACACCUGACUCUGAGGGACUUUUUGAUGUUGAGUGCCUAACAACAGACCACUACACAGGAGGCAUGAAACAGAAAUAUCAAGUGAGACACUGUGAGAAGUCUACAGCUGAUGCAACGCUCUAUCUGCAUGAGAAAGUCUACUACAUCGCUGCUAAGGAGGUGGAAUGGGAUUAUUCCCCAAGUAGGGACUGGGAAGAAGAACUUCAUAAUUUACAAGAACAGUACAAUGUUUCCAAUGCAUUUUUAGAUAAAGGAGAAUUCUUCAUAGGUUCAAAAUACAAGAAAGCUGUGUACCGUCAAUACACAGAUAGUACAUUCAGUACUCCAACAGAGAGAAAAGAAGAGGAGAAACAUUUGGGAAUUCUAGGUCCACAACUUUUUGGAUAUGUUGGUGGCAGAGUUCAAAUUGUCUUUAAAAAUAUGGCAUCAAGACCUUACUCAAUACAUGCCCAUGGGGUGAAAACUCCUAAUUCUGUGGUAGUUCCAACACAACCAGGUGAAAUACAGACUUAUACCUGGGAAAUACCUCUAAGAUCUGGUGCUGGAAUAGAAGAUUCUCCUUGUAUUCCCUGGGUUUACUAUUCAACUGUAGAUCAAGUUAAGGAUCUCUACAGCGGAUUAAUUGGUCCUCUGAUUAUUUGCCGAAGACAUAAUAAAGCUGUAUAUGGAGCCAUAAAGAAACUCCAGUUUUCUCUCCUAUUUUUAGUUUUCGAUGAAAAUGAAUCUUGGUAUUUAGAUGAAAAUAUUCAAACUUACUCUGAUGACCCAGGAAAAGUAAACAAGGAAGAUGAAGAUUUUCUAGAAAGCAACAAAAUGCAUGCAAUUAAUGGACUAAUGUUUGGAAAUUUACAUGGUCUGACAAUGCAUGUUGGAGAUGAAGUCAACUGGUAUCUGAUGGCCAUGGGAAAUGAAAUUGAUCUGCACAGCGUGCAUUUCCAUGGACAUAGCUUUGAGUAUAAGCUCGGAGUUCAUCGCUCAGAUGUCUAUGACCUCUUCCCUGGGACAUUCCAAACGAUAGAAAUGUAUCCCCAAAUCCCUGGAACUUGGCUACUUCACUGUCAUGUGGCUGACCACAUUCAUGCUGGAAUGGAAACUACCUACACUGUCCUUAAAAAUGAAGAGACAAAGUCUGGCUGAAGGAAAUCAGAUGAUGCUAAAACUGCAAUAGCAUUCUACAGAAAUUAAAACAUAGAACAGAAAUGUGGACUUGACAUAUUUAUGCACAUUAAAAAUUAUUAAAAACCCAA